UUUCAAAAAACAUAUUCAAUCAAUUUACAGAGUCUAUGACUAUAACAGUCUAUGUCCAUACUAUGUACUGACAACAAUAUAUUUAAAUAUAUGCGACAUAGUUAUCCUUGAAUUAGAAACAGCCUGGAAGAAUAUAGCUUACUGUGGGGUUAGAAGUAUACGUGACCACCCAAUUGCCCAACUUUCAAUGUAAUAUAUUUUGAGCACACGAAUAAGCACAAGCAUCGAAUCUUUUCGAGUUUUAUAGCAAUUCAUCACUUCAUCACCUGGGCCUGAUUUGUCGUCUAAAGUUGAGAAGUGCUGCCUUAAACAAUGGAGUGUUAUAUCAUACAAGCGGUAUAUAUUAUUUAACAGCGUAUUGCACAUAUCUGAAUAUCAGCGUAAGUAGAACAGCAGACGUGGAUGACACACAAUGGAAGACAAGGCAUCGGCCCGAGAAGGUGUGCCCGCACAAUGUGACGAUACACUAAAUGGCGCACGGGAACAAUAUGAUCCUAAUGUUUCCGAAAAAGUAUCAGAGACCACGCCAGAAUCCACUCUCACAUACGCAUCUUCAGUUGCACUUGGCCUAGUCGGUGAUGGAGAGGAAGUCAUCACAAAAUAUGACUCGACUGUAUUGGGAGUAUUGGCCGAGGCGGCUACGGCUCGAAGGGCAAGUGCUGAAUUGCAAAUUGGGACGAAGAUCCCGAAUACGAUUUCCGAAGGAAGCAAACGCAUAUCGACUAAUGUACAUAAGCGAUCAUCUCGGACCAAAAGUGCUGACACCGAGGCGGAAUUUAUCAGAGAACAUGCACAAAAGCAAAGCAGUGUGCUUUCCCUCACAUUUUAUAGUUCAACAGGCGGCGCUAUUCUGAGCCCGUCGAGUAACGCGGAAGUCAGCCGUCCGAAGAAAAAGCCGUCGGUAGGGCAUAUCAAUGUCGAUCCAAAUGAGAUAGCGGCAAUCUCAUGUGCUAGUGAGCCAUCACCACGUACACCGUGGAGUGGGGAGGAUUUUGUGCACUUCAGCAAGUCCAUCUAUUACAAAGUGAUUUUACCUCUAUGCGUAGCGUUCUUCAUAGGUACAGGGGCCGUGACAUGUGCGUCUAUUGCAAUGCAAUGGGACGGUACGGUUAUAAUUGUAUUAGCGCUUGCAACCGUGCAGUUGUUUGCAUCUACAGGGGUUCUCUUAGUAGCCUUCUUCUAUAUCUACAAACAUUGGGAAAGUCCAUUAAUUGCCAGUCGGGGCAAAGUGCAUUCUAUCCUGUUCUUGAUCAGCAUGACCCUACACAAGCCAAUUCUCUUUGUCCAAACCAUGUUCUUCGCAGGCCUUAUACAGCAAAAAGAACUACUUUGGAUGGCACUUGUCGUAUCUGGGCGAUUGUGUUCGAUGGUCUGGGUGGGUGCUAUUGUCGCACGCCAGCGACAAAUAGUGCAAGUCUUUCACAUUUCCCUCUUCAAACGUGCCCCGGUACACACAUAUCGGAACACAUUUUUAGGCAUAUGUGCAAUGUAUUUGAUGGCCUUACUCGUGGCUCUUGGUCUUCUUCAUAUCAAUGUGAAACACUGGUCCCUACCGUACCAGGUAGCUGAUUUUAUUUCGUUUGGAAUUCUCGCGCUAUUUAUAUACCAGUCUCGGUAUGUGAGUGCGCGCUUCUCCGACUACUACGCCUCUAUCCGCUGGGUAGUAUUGAUGUUUAUGAGCUAUGUAUGUAUCAUAGCACAGAAAGUGGUGCCUUUUGGCAACGUAUAUAACAUGCAGGGCGAGCUAAUCGCGAAUUGGACUGGUGUGCUGAUUGUAGAUUCCAUGUUGCUAUCAACCACGGUCAUCAUCCUAGACACCUUCGUUCCGCUGAUAUACGUUGUCGAAAAUAAAUUAGAUCGCGAAUUAAUUCAGGAAACGUAUUCCAUACGAAGCUUGGAAAAUAGCAGCAGCCAAUCCCAGUAUCCAUUAAGCGGUACAGGCAGUUCCAAUUUCAGAACGCGUGACGAGGAAUCCGAUGGUUUGGAAAGCGUACGGAGCAUAGGGGCCACAGGCCCUAUAGGAGUAAUCAGAACCGAAGGUCUGAGCAAUGUGCACAGGCUGGCAAGUAGGUCUACGUCGUCAGCUAUAUGUGUGGUGGCUACAGCCAUACCGACUACUGCGAUCGCGAGUCCUUCAGAGAGGCCUGCAGCGGCCAAGGAAGGGAAGAAGAUUAAGAGCGCGAGACAGGUGUAAAGGUGACGUUAUAGAGGUUGGAGGUAGCAGGAGUGGAGGGUGGGUAGGCAUGUCUAUGGUGGGUAGCGAUACAUAGGAAACCAAAUGAAGGAGGUCAAGUAUGGUGGCCAGAGUUCAAGGAUGCGGCUCGCGAUGACAACAAGAGACUUGUUCAUAGGCAGGCAUCAGGUUAAAUGGCAAGUCAGUAAGUUCAGACGGGUAUUCAGAAACCCUGUCAGCCGGAUGAAAAUGAACAGUACUAAUUACUACAUAUAGGACAAGUGCCUGUACUCGCAGAGGAGACGAUGCCGGUGCUGUGCUGGAUAGUACUAUCGCACUAGGCUUAUAUACGAGCUGUAAGCAGUCAAUAAGGAAACAGUGGCAAUCCUACCGCUAAUGCCUCUGGCAUUUCCCUACCUACAUAGAUGAUAAAAAAUGGAACAUUCGCCCCCCUGGUGUGACAUACCUCCGGCAUGGACAAUUAACGAGGAGUCGGUGGCUAGGGUAAUGAUUUUUGAGCACGGCUCCUUUCUGAUUCAGGGGCAAUCAACAAGGACGAUUUAGCCCACUUAGCAUGAGGUCUCACUAUCGUGGUCAAAUAGCGGGGAUUCGGAGGCGUAUCUUCGCAGCCAUCACAUAUGUCCGCUUCCCGAGAACAUUCCACGGAGUAACUUGAAGCAUAUUGAUAGGGAAUCUCGCCGAUAUGGACAAUUAACGAGGAUUGAAUAGCUUUCCAACGGCAUAUGUGUAUCGAGUUUCACUGGCAACGCAAAGAAUCAAUGUAAUCUUAGCGAUUAUACCAGCGGAUGCUGACGACGGGAUGUCGCUACAAACCGAGGAAACAUAAGAGCUCGUGUCUUCGUUGUACGAUACACUGUCCUAAACCUCAGUUCAUGCACUCUAUCCGACAGUUAAUUGGGUGGGAUUGUCGGGCUUGAACAGUAGGCGUAGACUUCCCUUGAAGAGUUUCGGCAGGGGUUCGCGCAGACACUUUCAAGACACUUUCAACGUAUGUCGCUUGCUUCAGUGUGGCACAAUACUGGACGCGACACACAGCGAUUCGAUGGCAUACGAAAGUAUGUCUGAAAAAAUUGCUACUCAAUGUAGAUAUGUACAACUAGUACGUGAGGGCUUAGUUACGGACAGCAGGUGUUGCGAUGCCGCACACCGUAUAGAAAAAUACAACAUAUCUGAAGGGCACGGGAGAGACUCAGCUGAUGGGCAUAGUGAGUUUGAUCUAAUUUUGCCAAGUGUGGAAGAAGCAUGUACUGGAGUAUACGUACAUCUGCACGUUGAGAUAAGAUUGUAACCCAAAAGUUAGGUCGCCGCAGUACACGAAGGAUGUCGGGAAAUCAACCGAAACCGAGAUACUGACGUUUGUAAAAGGCAAUCAGAGGCCGUGAUGCGAACAUGGUUAAAAUCCGAUAUAAAUAUAAAUAGGUGUAAUAAAAAGGGUUAUUCU